UGUGAUCUGAGCUUUAACAUUCUUUAUUUCUGCAUUCGCGUCUUUAAAGAAAUGCGUCGGUGCUUGUGUAAGUGGCGGUAUAGCGUUCAAUAAAAUAUACAAAAACAUUAUGCAGAUGUCAACAGCACUUUUAAUACAAAAUUAUUGUAUUCCCUGAAAUCAAGAUGGUUCCAAAAGUUGGAGAUCUAGUUGCGAUUGCCAUACUAACUGUGAUAUUUUUUAAACAUUUUAAAGAAGUAUGUGGCCAAAGAGAUAAUUUGAAACAAUUUCAAAAUAUUAUUAGGGAUACCGCUAAGGGAAAAAUGGGAAACUUCAUCAUACAAUAUCCUCAAAGAAAAUCUAACGUUAGACAUCAACCAUACAUUCCAAACUCAGUACCAUUUCCUUGUUCAAACGUCACCAAAUAUGGCCUUGGUCGAUCCCGUUCUGUACCAACAAGUGUUCACCAACUCCUACCUGGUGAUAUAGACAUCAUUGGAGCACUGGGGGAUUCUUUGGUAGCGGGGAACGGAGCAAUGGAGGAAUAUGCUUUGGGGACGCUCAUUGAGCAUAGAGGUGUUUCUUGGUGUGCAGGUGGAGAAGGGACCUGGAGAGAGUACCUAACUCUUCCAAACAUCCUAAAGGAAUUCAAUCCGAAUAUCCGCGGAUACUCAACAGGACCAGGAGAGUUCCUGAGCCUUAAUUCGAAGCUGAACGUUGCAUUUCCUGUGGCUGCGGACGCUGACGCACUGAGACAGGCCAAAAUUCUAGUCAAUAAACUGAAAUCUAGUCCAAAUAUGGAUAUCAAGAGGGAUUGGAAAAUGAUUACUCUGUUCUUCGGUGCUAAUGAUCUAUGUUCGGCGCAGUGCUAUAAUAAGGAAGCUGCUUCUGCUAGUAGUCAUGCUAAAAAGUUAGCUAGAGCACUCGAUUAUUUACAAGAGAAUUUGCCCAGAACGUUUGUCAACUUAGUACCAGUUUUAGAUGUAUCAGUAAGUUUGAGAAUUAAACGGACAUUGACUUGCAGAUUUCUUCAUAGAUUAUUCUGCGAAUGCUUUCACCGAGGUGGCAAUGAAAUGAACGUAAUAACUUCGCUGACAAAAGCAUACCAACAAGCCGAAGAAGAACUGAUACUAAGUGGAAGGUAUGACCAAAAAGAAGAUUUUACGGUAGUUUUACAACCCUUCAUGAAACUAUUUAAUGCUCCUGAAGAUCCCAGACAUAAAUUUGACGAAGUCAUUGAUAUUUCGUACAUAACCCACGACUGUUUUCAUUUCUCCCAAAAAGGUCAUGCACUAGCUGCCAAUAUGUUAUGGAACAACCUCUUGGAACCUGUUGGGCGGAAAAGUACAAGGAAGUUGAAUCAUGUUAUGGAAAAAUUUCGUUGUCCUCAGUCACAUAGUCCUUAUUUGUUUACUAACAGAAAUUCAAAGAUAUUUUUAGAAACAGGAAAACAAUUGAUCAACCAAAUUGUAUUUAAAAAUUAAAGAUAUUAAAGAACAAUAA